UUGGGGGCUAGUUUUUGCAACGGCUAAGGGCCUGUGGGUUUAUUAUAAGGCGGAGCUCGGCGGGAGAGGUGCGGGCGGGAGCGGAGCUGAGUCGGAAGGAAUCCAGCAGUAGAGAGCGGACUACGGCCGGCGGACCCCACAGCCCUAUCCCAGGACAGCCGCACGCGGGGCAUCGUCCAAGGGAGUCGAGCGCAGCGCACCCGGAGGUGCCGGCCCCGAGCCCCGAGCAGUCCGCGCAGACCCGACCCGCGCAGCCCGCCGCGCCCCGCCGCCGGUCCGGACAGCAUGAGGCGCGCGGCGCUCUGCUUCUGGCUCUGCGCUCUGGCGCUGCGCCUGCAGCCGGUCCUCCCGCAAAUCCUGGCAACGAACGUGCCACCCGAAGAUCAGGAUGGCUCCGGGGACGACUCUGACAACUUCUCUGGCUCGGGCGCAGGUGCCCUGCCAGACAUCCUCUUGUCCCAGCGGACCCCCACCACCUGGAAGGACCUGGGGCUCCUGACGGUCAUGCCCACAGCUCCAGAGCCCACGGACAUCGGUCCCGUCACUGCCUCCACCUCCAUCCUGACAACCAUUGAAGGGGAGGAGGAGGGAGACGCCGUGUUCCUGGCCAAGGUGGAGCCUGACUUGACCGCCCAGAAGACCACCCUCCCACCCAGUGAGACCACGCCACACCCAACCACCCACCGGGUGUCGACCACAAGAGCCACCACUGCCCAGGCACCUGUCACCUCCCACCUCCACCGAGACAUGCAGCCUGACCACUUUAAGACUUCAGCUCCCGAAGGAGCUGGCCAGCUCGACACUCACACACCCAGCCUGGAGGACACUGGUCCUUCUGCCACUGAGCGAGCUGCUGAGGAUGAAACUGUCACCCACCUGUCCAUGGGAGAGGGCUCUGGGGAGCAGGACUUCACCUUUGACGUGUCCAGGGAGAUCACAGCUGGGUCUGUUCUGGAGGUCGACCAGCGGAACGAGCCCGCCCCGGACCCCGGGGCCUCCCAGGGCCUCCUGGACAGGAAGGAAGUGCUGGGAGGGGUCAUCGCCGGAGGCCUGGUGGGGCUCAUCUUCGCUGUGUGCCUGGUGGGCUUCAUGCUGUACCGAAUGAAGAAGAAGGACGAGGGCAGCUACUCCUUGGAGGAGCCGAAGCAAGCCAACGGCGGGGCCUACCAGAAACCCAGCAAGCAGGAGGAGUUCUACGCCUGACGGGAGCGGGGGCCCCCCCACCCCGCCCCCUGCCACUCGCUAGGCCCCCACCUGCCUCUUCCGUGAAGAACUGCAGGCCCCGUGCUGCGCCCCCCGACACUCCCAGCCCCUCCAGGCCGCUCCCCGCAGAGUCCUGGGGCAGGCUGGGGGGCUCGCCUCUGCUUCUUUGACUGCUUCCCGGAGACCGGGGCGCGAGGGCUUCCCGCAUCCGACCUUUCUACCGCAGCCAGCACCCGGCAUCUCGCCAUUCUGACUCAGUUUCUCCGCCCUGGAACCACUGCUUUGGACCUGGCCGGCUCGCUGGGGCCGGGAGAUGCCGGGGCUGGCACGUUGGUGGCACUUCCUGGCAGAGACCGGCGGUCUCGGGGGCGCGGACGGCUGAGUGGCAGGGAGAGGCGUUCAGGGCUCCGCCCGAGUCCACUUUGUUCUGUGGGGAGGUCUAAUUUAGAUAUCAACUUGUUUUUGCACAUGUUUCCUCUAGUUUCUUUGUUCAUAGCCCAGUAGACUUUAUUACUUUUGAGGUAAGUUAAGUUGAUUUGGUUAAUCCCCCAUCUUGCUCCCCUAAUCGACGGUCAGGAUGCAGCAUCAGGGUUAAGAAGACUUUUGUUUUUUUGAACUAGGAGAACCAAAUCCGGAAGCCAACAUAGUGUUUGUGUUGUCUCCUGAGUUUGUCACUCACGUGUGCAACAGGGUAUGGGAUGUCUGGGUGGCCCCGGUGGCGGGCCGGCCGGUCUCAGCCGCCAUGGGCAGGCAGUUCUUUCGAGCUGGCGUGCCUGGGUCCGUGAACUUGGGGCCAGGGCCGGGGCUGCUGCGACGUGGAGGAGCCCACGUGAGAACGGAGUUCUGGAACCUCAGGCUGGGGACAGAGAUGACUGUGGGGUGAGAGGUGGCAGUGGGCCCAGAGGACCUCCCACAGACCAAGUUCCUCCUUUGACACCAUCCCUGGAGACCCUUUCUCCUGGCAGGUGGCGAGAGGGGGGUCCCGGGCACACCUGGCACCGAGCGGCUCCCCAAAAGGACCAGGCUCACCUUCGAUGAGCUCCUGUGGCCCUGCCCGGGCCUGGAAUCAGGAAUGUUCCAAAGAGUGAUAGUCUUUUGCUUUUGGCAAAACUCUACUUAAUCCAAUGGGUUUUUCCCUGUACAGUAGCUUCUUCAAAUGUAAUAAACUUUAAUAUAAAGUAGUCACGUGAACUCUGCUGCCUUUGCUUCUCUGCCGGCCGAGUGGAUGUGACCAGCCUUCUGUCUGAACACAGCGAUACUGGGAAACGUGGAGCUGGGGCCUUCCUCAUUCCCGCGGGGAGGGACUCUGGGGCCAGAGUCUCACUGGUUGGUUGGUUUUUUGCCUCUGCUAAUGGUCUUCGGCAGGUCGGCAGGUUCAGCCAAGGUCGUGCAAGUCCUGAUGCCAAUGUCUCUGUCGCCAAGCUCAAAGCACCAUCUCCCGAACGGUUAGCGAAGCUGUGAGGCCCCAGCACAGCCUGGCCUGGGGCCGCGGGCCCACGGAGGCCAGAGCCAAGGCCGGCCUCUCAGACACCUUUGCAGGAGCAGACGCCCCCCACCCAGGGCCUUCUGGGAACUCCUGUCCUUAUUUAAUUUGACAGCUUUCCAGCUUUUCUGUUGGCCACUCCGAGAGGGGGGGACAUCUGUGACUCAGAGAGACACACCGCCAACAUGAAGGGAACCUGUGCCCCGUGUUCAAUGCUGGGACUUUCUGCCCGGAACGGAUGACUGGACGUGACUCGGGGGUGGGGAAGGGGUCUGUGACCGUGCUCGUCUCUGCUGGCCCCUGGGACGGUGCCGAGCCUGUGGCCGGGCCCGUGCGUGUCACUCGAAUAAACGGUACUUGUCAUUCUGG